GAUUUACGUAGAUAUCCAAGUGUAAAAUAAAUUCCAAAAUAUUGCUAAGAAAUAAAUCGGAAACUAUGGAAAACCGAAAUUAAUCAAUCUACUAAUAUAUAAAUAAUUAAUUAAAACAACAUUUGAAAACUAGAAAUGAAUUGAAAAAGCGAUUGAUGAUUCCUAUAACUGACUGAAAGAAAGAACUGUGGAUGAUGAUGAUGACGAUCAAGGGUACAUACAUACAAUACACUGUAAACAUGAGACUUUGAAAAGAGAUGGAAAGUGCAAUGGGUAAAACCUUCAAUGUCAAUGAAUAUAAUGUAAUUUAGUUGUUCUAUUGCUGGGUUUCUUUGCGUGUCUGCAUCCCAUUUUCAUUUUCUUCUGGUUUACCUCCCUCCGAUGAAUCGCAUGGCAAAUAUCGGUGCUAUCAGGAACAGAACGGGUUUUCUCAAGAAAUGAGAUACGCAGAAUCCGAGUGCACAUUCGGAUGGUGGUUUACAAAACUAUAUAAAGAAGGAAUUGUCGCAUAACAAGAAUCAUCAAGCUACAAUUCUGUUUCCUUGAGAAUACGCUUUGGCCGAAAAAUAUCAGCUUAUUCCUUUUGCUCGAGAAGAUUGAAUUUUCUUUCUAUUCUUGUUUUCUAAAAAAAAACAUCAUCUUUUGACUUUUCUUUUCUUUUGUAAUCACCAUGACAAUAACUACCUAUGUUAAGCAAGCCUCUUACGGUAAGACUAUGGUCAAAUUCAUGAAGAAGGAUGUUUGUCCUGAAACAAAGGUCCACACCAUCUACGAAAUGGAUAUUCAAAGUAUGCUAAGUGGUGAACUCGAUGAGUCCUAUACCAAGGCCGACAAUUCUGUCGUCGUUCCUACAGAUACUCAAAAAAAUACUAUUUAUGUCUUUGCCAAGAAUAACGAUGUUAGCGUGCUCGAAGUUUUCGCCGCAAAACUUGCAAAGCACUUUGUCGACCGUUACCAACAUAUCCAUGGUGCUACAGUAGACAUUACUCUUACUCCAUGGGCCCGUAUGAAUGUUCAUGGAAAACCCCAUAACCAUUCCUUCGUUCGUGACCCCAGCGAAACCCGCAAGACCCAUGUGGCUUUCACCGAGGGCAAGGGAUUCGACGUUGUCAGCUCUUUAAAGGAUGUCUUGGUCCUCAAGAGUACUGGUAGUGCUUUCAACAAAUUCCACAAAUGCGAAUAUACCACCUUGCCUGAAGUCGACGACCGUAUCUUUUCUACCAACAUCGAUUGUAAUUACACCUUCAACCAAUUCUCCACUUUUGAUGAACUUGCUUCUUACGACUUCAAUCAUGCUUAUAAAAGUGUAAAGGAAAUCACUCUCGAUACUUUUGCCUUGGACGAUAGUGCUAGCGUUCAAGCCACCAUGUACAAGAUGGCUGACCAAAUUAUUAACAAGUUCCCCAACGUUGCCGAGGUGUUCUAUGGUCUUCCAAACAAGCAUUAUUUUGAAAUUAAUCUCACUCCUUUUGGCAUCGAUAACCUUGGCACGAACUGCUCUUUAUACCAACCUCAAGCGUAUCCCUCAGGCUAUAUCACUUGCACUGUUGCCAGAAAGUAAUGUCUAUUUUCCGAAUACGCUUUCCUUCUUCAAACAUCAUGUUACAUGGUCAUUUUUCCUCCUUGCCUAUUUUUCCUAUGUAUUAGUACUUCGUUUUAUAAUACGUAAUAAACUCUGAGAAAACGCUACGUGCUUUUACGAUAC